GCAAUAACCAAAACAAUGUCUGUCGGGGCUGUUGUUCAACAAAGACCUCCAGUAACAAAAAGUUCUCGUUUGAACCCCUGUAUUAACAUCUGCCUGGCUCAAAGGACCAAAAUCACAAAGGGAUUUCACCUUAUAAGUCCACGGAAGCCUUCAUCUGAUCUUCCUCGGGAACCAUUACAGGGGACCCCCCUCCUAUCUAGGGAGGGGAGCCAAGUGUAUGGUCACUGCACCACCCCACGACACGACUCUGAGGAAGUAAACGUAACAGGAAAGUAUGUUGUUAACCCAUACAAUGACUGUGAAGAAAGCCAGCAAACAGAGCAGAAACCUCUAACCUUGUUUGGAGAGCGUCUGGAUGCAGUAGGAAACAUUAGCAGUGUUCGAGUAACUCCUCUUCUUCAAGUACGAGCGAAAAAUGACAUCAGAAAUCUGCGUCUUAAAGAUAAACAAAUACAAAAUCUGAAUACUUCAAGUCCAGAGUGUUCAUCUAGGGGUUUCAUGACUCCUCUUACGCCCCCAGCUACCCCUUACACUCCAGGGGCGGAUCAGAGUUUUUCCGUGGAUGGGCAACACAUAAACUGUGAAGUUCCCUCUAGAUCAGCGAGUUCAAAAGACUUCAACCCAGGAUUCAUCAAGCGACCACGCUACUGUUGUGGAAAGUGCGAACUUCGAAUGCUUGAACAUGAAUCUCUCAACAUUGAAACAGAAUGUCCAUUCCAAGCCUACCAGCGCCAGACCAAGAGCAGUUUCUGCUAUAAUGAUGACGUCAUGUCACGUGCUUUUUGUUCUGAACAGAUGAUUGACCCAUAUGUGUUUUACAAGAGUCCAUGGGAUAAGCAGACAGAACAUUACGCACCAUUCAUACGUAGUAAAAGCGUCCCGACAACAACAUGUUUUGACCCAAAUUCGAUUCAAUCACCUCCAAGAAACAGAUCACCAGAUUCAGUAUAUUCAUCAAGUUCUACCAGUAUCGAUUCCUUACAAUUAGAAAAUGAAGAGGAGACAAUAUAUCCAUCACAGAAGAUUCCCGAACAAGAGCAAUUAGAAGAAAAUAACAAUAUCACGUCAUCACGUACAACAACACCUUACCGCAACACGGAAUACCACCGGAACCCACUGUACGUUAUUCCAAGAAUCGACGGGGUUAACAACCAAAAUGAAGGUGUUAUUAUUGAAAGAUCAGACAUCAGAGAAAAUUGCUCGUCAUUGACAGAAUUUGUUGAAUCUGGAAAUUAUCAGAAGUUUCAUUGGGCAGAUAGCUGGAAUGUAAAAGAGACGAGAAUAGUUAGUCAUUGCCAGACAUCUAUACCUUCUGCCCCUCAGCCAUCUGUUGGGGGAUCUGUUGCAGUGACAGGAAAUGGUUUUCAAGAAAUAGUCACCACAUUUAGUUCAAAAGAGGAGGACCUUCAUCAACAAGCGAUGUGUUCUAGCGAUGAUUUACACAACCUACUUCAAGGAUGUGUUGAUUCUCUUCGAAGUAUUUCUUUGAGAAACACAGCAAAGAAGGCUUCGUCUGCUCCGGAAAAUGUGCUACCAUCUCAAACGUUUUUCCGAGAUCUUCGAAUGCCCACAGAUAUUUGCUACAGCCCAGUUACAGAUAAACGAUACAAUCGAUGGAAAAGAACGAAGAAAAAGGGUAAAAAUGGAAGAAAGUCCGUCAUGUCUAAUCGCAGCGACGACGAAUCUACCGAUGAAGAAAAGGAAGCAGAAACGAAAACACCACCAGGAAAUCGCCGUAGACAAAAGAAGGCAGCUUUAAACAUGGCACCAAAGUUCGAAAUUUCCUCCAAUGAUGCUAGCUCUGAGCCGCUUUCUGAUGCUGUUCAUGGAUCGGUUCAAAGUCAGCCUGAACACAGUUUGAUGUCUUCAUCAAAUGAAUUGAGAAUAAGCCUCACCCGUCAAAGUCAAAAAUCGUUUGAAUGUUCCUCGAGUCCUGAAGAUCAAACUGUUCCCAUUCAGCUCACUAGUUUUCCUGCUCUCAGUAACUACCAUGCCUCCAUUCAUAUUGGUCUCAAAAACACAGAAAGUUAUAGAUCCACCCCUGAUAUUAUAGCAUCUGUUAGAUCCACUCCUUGUGAGGAUAACAAUCAUGUAACACCUUUGAGUAGUACUCCAGAUACUGAUGUGACAGUACACUCUAGGUCGGAGGUAGAACCUCCUUUGAUCACAAAGGAGAAAAGUGAUAACAGGCCAUCUUCCAUCAUUUCUGGCAGCCCCCUUAGCUCUUGUGAUAGUUUCAGCACCAUAAGGAGCAACAGCAGGUACUCCAAUUCUCUGGCCAAAGACACCAUUGUUCGGAUGAGCUAUUCUAUUGGAGAGAAGAUAAAGCGGUCUAUGGCAGUGGUACCAGUUUCUUAUGAAAAGGAAGAUAUCAAUGUCUUCAAGAAGAAAGAACCUGCCCGCAAACCAACACAGAAAGUCGGGGCUUAUGUCGUGUCUAAUUCACCUUCUAAGUCUCAGAAAUCAACAUUUCCAAGUCCACUUCAUCCAAUACCAGAUCCUGAUGUUGUCCGGCCUCAUCUUUCAUCAUUGACUUUGAAUCAUCUACUGAAAACAAUGCCAUCAAAAACAAGUGCUGGGUCAUCUACAUCUAACAAAUCAUUACCAGAAGUCACCAACAGGUCACUGCCAGAUGUCAAGAGCUCAGCAGUAAUGAGUAUUGUCAGCUCUUCCAAUGAAAACCAGCAAGAGCAAAAGAAAAAGAACUUUGGUAUCGACAGGAGGUUCUGUCUUGCCUCUAAAUUCCCAGCAGUUGAGACCCGAGUACCAAAAAUUCAACCGAAGCCAGAGCCCGAGGUCCCAUCUACACAAGAACCUCGUCAGGUGAUCACUGGGAUAUCUAAUCUGGACUUCACUCCUGCAUUUACUUUUUCCUUGUUUGAAUUACCUAAAGUUUACAAAGACAACAAUGCCAUGCUGAAGAGAAGAGCAUCUAUGAUCAAGUGAAAAUUAAGGAAACAAGCUCUCAGAUAACAAAAAUAUGUCAUGUAGAAAAUGUUUGUUGUUUAAAUGCACAUCUACUCUUAAAAUUUAUGCACUGAUGUAUAGAUACAGUCUUGGGAAUAAUAAA